AGGGUGGCACUUUUAAGCCGAAGCUCAGUCAGUCUUGUUAUCUUUCUAGCGGGAGCGCAGGUGUGAAGCGCAUGACUCGGUUUCUGAGAGGCUGGUCGGAGCAAUAUUGUGUGAACAGAAGUCAGACAGAAGAGUGACGUGCGGCUCUGCGCUACCUUCACUGCAACUGCCACCUGCACUGCUACUGCCACCUGCAUUGCUACUGCCACCUGCAUUGCUGCACCGGGACCCCGUACCCUGGGGAAGAAUGUAUUCUGCUGGUAUCCCUGCGUGUCAUAUCGUUAGGAUUGUGUGCGACUUCUCCUGCUCUUACUGACACCUGGCUCCUGCCCUCUCCUGGGAAACACGAGUUUGUUGCUGUGGAACACUCAGUUUGGUGCAACCAAGGAAGGAAGUACAAUUGUUGACCUCUUCAAAAAUCUUCAUCGAAGUAAACAGAUAUCAUGGCAGACAGUGCCACAGAGAAAAAUACAGGCGGGACCUGGUGGAAAUCAUUUACUGUUCGUAAAAAGCCCAAGGAGGUGUCCAUGUAUAAUACUCCAGUUUCAGUUGAGACUACAGAAGACAGAACUUGGGGAGUUGGAAGUGGAUCUCUGAGCUCGUCUCCAGGUUCCAGAGAGAACCAGCACCCAAACUCUAUGUCUGCUGGUGGCACAGAACACUGUAAUGACUCCAAGGCCGAUAAGAUGUUCAAUGAGAAGACUGGUCGCAGGAACCUAAAAAUCUCCCGCUCAGGCCGCUUUAAGGAGAAGAGGAAGGUGCGUGCCGGUUUACCAGAGAGUCCUAAAUUCUUUCAAGAAAACCCAUCAAAUGCAAAUGAUGAGCGGCAGUGAUAAUCAAAUUAGGCCAUUUAUAGGGCCACUGUAUAGAAGGACUAUCUAUGGCUAACAAUGGAUAUUUUAUUAACUUUGGGAGCCAGGAAACCUCUCUCUCUUUCUCUCUAAAGGGAAGGGAAAAAAUAUGGAUUUGUUAAUGUUAAAAACAUUCAUCAUGCCUUAAAAUCACUCAACUUUUGAGUGCCUUAUUUCGUAAUUUUUUUGUUAAAUCUGUAAAGAGACUAGAGCACAAUAAGAAACCUGUAGAGUGAAGCUCCUCCUUGAAGCUGUUUUGUCUUUGUAACCGGUACAGAAGAAUGUUUUCUUAAGAAUAUUUAUAAUUUUCAAAUGAUGAAGAAUAAUUUAAUAGUUUGGUAGAUAUUAUAAUUACGUGCUGCUGACAAAUUAUAAAGAAUUUCAUUGUACCAUGUGAUUAGUUUCACCCCUGGUCUGGUGAUGGUUAAAUGUUUUAAUAGAUGAAGAAUCUAGUGAGUUAAUUGCAAGAUGAAGCAAAUAUAUAUAUAAAUAAUAUAUAUAUAUUUAUUUAGUGAGUUGACUUUUUCACUGAAGUGAAGAGCAUUGACAAGCUGACAGUUUUUGUAGUUGUGGUCGACAGUAGGACCAGAUUUGCAAGGGCUAUAAUUACCUUAACACAGAUUUAAUUCUUCCCAUGGGAAACAAAAGGAAGUGUCAAUUUGCAUAUUGUUAAUAUUUCAUGAUUGAGUUAAAUAUUUAUUUCUUGAAAUUAGAGUUUCCUUGUUAUAUCAUUGAUAUUAUUUUUACACUUGUCAAUAAAAAUACAUUUAUGGAGUUGAAUAAA